AUUUGUAUUAGUCACGCAGCCCACCGUUCCUCUUAAGCUCACUUCCACAAUAUCCCUUCCUCUUUUGAUAAUCCUUUUUUAGGGUUUUUAAUUUGAUGGCGAGGGAAAUAGGAAAAUGUUGGGUGGUGGUACUGGUAUUGGUUUUGAGUUUGCUUUAUGGGGCUAAAGCAGCACCACAGGUUCCUUGUUACUUUAUUUUUGGCGACUCAUUGGUGGAUAAUGGGAACAAUAAUCAACUAACUUCAUUGGCUAGAGCUAAUUAUUUGCCUUAUGGGAUUGACUUCGCUGGUGGACCGACUGGAAGAUUUAGCAAUGGAAGAACUACUGUUGAUGUCAUUGCUCAACUUUUGGGGUUUGAUUCUUACAUUCCUCCAUUCUCAACUGCAACGGGUCAAGACAUACUCAAAGGAGUGAACUAUGCCUCAGCAGCUGCAGGAAUAAGAGAAGAAACCGGUCGACAACUGGGCGAUCGCAUUAGUUUCAGUGGACAAGUAAGGAAUUACAGAAACACAGUCCAGCAAGUAGUGAACUUACUCGGAGAUGAAAAUAAAGCGGCCGAUUAUCUAAGUCGUUGCAUUUACUCAAUUGGGUUGGGAAGCAAUGACUAUCUCAAUAACUAUUUUCAACCUCUGUAUUAUUCAACCGGUCAACAGUACACACCAGAACAAUAUGCGGAUGUUCUUAUUCAACAGUACACUCAGCAACUUAGUGCCUUAUACGACUAUGGGGCAAGGAAGUUUGUGUUGAUUGGAGUCGGGGCAGUUGGCUGCAGCCCCAGUGAGUUGGCUCAAAACAGUCAAGAUGGUAGAACUUGUGUGGAGAGAAUCAACUCUGCAAACCAAAUUUUCAAUAACAAGCUCAGAUCUCUUGUUGAUCAAUUCAACAAUCAACGAUCUGAUGCCAAGUUUAUCUACAUCAAUGCGUAUGGGAUCUUUCAGGAUAUGAUAAAUAGGCCUGCUGCCUUUGGUUUCAGGGUUACAAAUACGGGGUGUUGUGGCGUUGGGAGAAACAAUGGACAAAUUACAUGUCUACCGGCACAAACUCCAUGCCCGAACAGGAGAGAAUAUGUGUUUUGGGAUGCAUUCCAUCCAACUGAUGCUGCAAAUGAGAUCAUUGCAAGGAGAUCAUACAGUGCUCAGUCUGCAUCGGAUGCUUACCCAAUGGAUAUCCGCCGCUUAGCUCAGCUCUGAAGAUGGAGAUUCGGAGUUGAAGUGGGCUCAUUAAGAUAAAUUUUUUAUAUACCCUUUGUAUUAUUUUUCAGUGUAUCAUUGUUGUUGUCAUAAUUAUGGUUGCCUAUAAGGAAUUGUGCAAUUAAUUGUGUAAUCACAAAAAAACAGUUAAAAUUCAUGUUUUGGGGUUGAUUUUGCAAUAUUAUGUGUAUUUGUUUUAAGAUAAGAAAUGAGAAUUGUAAGAGACU